AUGCCACCUAAAAGUAAAAACAUGCAUGCUGAAACUAUAAAACAUUUGUGGGACAUUGGUAUAAGGAAUACAAUAGGAACAAUGAAUGAAAUUUGUAAAAUUGCUAAAGAAAAUUCUGAAAAUCUCAUUGCAAGUCUUCAAGCUUCAAUCAACUUAAUUAGUGAUGUGUUCAAUCAUCAAUCACUUAAAAAUGAAUCAUUUGAAAUAUUUACCACAGCAUCUGAAACAGAAAUAGAAAGAUUCUAG